UGAAAACAUCCCACGGGGGGAGGGGUGAGGGGAGGUGUACAGGAAGGAUGAGAGCUGUUUGGCUCACACCGACGUGCUGUGCUGCUGGAGGCUCUUGUGUGCACAGUCAUGGAUGGUGUGUUAGAGGGAGCAGCUGUGGUGUGUGUGUGUAAACUGGCCUGCAGUCUUCUCUUCCUUCCCAUGGUCACUGCUUCUCUCAGUGCAGUCAGCUUCUGCUGCAACUGCCUGCUGCUCUUCACAGACCUCGUAGUCACAACUACAUCUACUGGGCAGUGCUGCUGAUGACCACACCUCUGGUUGCUGUGGAGACGGCCAUGAGGUUGCAGUGGCCCCAAGUCUGUGGUGGCGGAGCAGUGGACGGAGACGUUAACAAACAGAGUAAAAAUCCUGCACCUCACGGCGGUGUGACACUGGAGGUAGAGAACUGGCAGAGCAGGGACACAGACACCCAGAGAGGAGGGAGAGAGGACCAGGACCAGGGAAGUUGUCUGUCCCACAUCAUUGGCUUCUUCUGCUGUCUGCUGGUGUGGGCUGUCUGUGGCAUCUGUGGGGGUCAGGGCUGGAGACUGGAGGUGCUGUGGGUGGAGGUCUGCCUGGAGAGGACCAGCUCCCUCACUCUGUGUCUCCCUAGCCUCCCCAACACCGUCCUGCUUGCUCUGGGUGAGCCCAGCUGGGGCCUGGCCACUGUGACCUUGGCUCUCCUGCUGGUGCUGACGGUUGGCUGGGGCUUUCUCAGAAGACACCUGGCCCACACAGAGACGGACCCACACACACCCACAACCACACAGACACACAAGGAGGAACAUGGUACUGACAUUCAACUGCCCGUUCAAACACUCCCUGCACCACGCAAGGCUAUGAAACCUGUGAUGUCAGUGGCGUCAGCCCCACGGUUUGUUGACACAGAGACAACAUGGUCCAGAUGCUCCGUUCACAGUCCAUGUUCUGGGAACAACAUGCAGCUGUCACUGGGUCACCAUGUCCUCUUAUCCCUGGAGUUUUUGUCAGCAGACAGACUAGAGGGACACAAAGAGAACAAAGGACUAGGAGACAUACCUCUCACUGGUAUUGUGGAGGAACACACAGACAGGAACCAGCAUGGGCUCGGGCGAUUUCCCUGCCUGGGGGUGAAUAUAAUGACAGGGUUAAUGUGUCUGCUCACUGUCUGUGUGUUACCUCUAAACCUCAGUGUGAACAUCCUACUAAUCAGGCACACAGAGACAAUGCUGCAGUGGAGUUUGAAGAUCUUAAUGUAGUUGAUAAUGUAAAUUCAAUCAUUAAGGAGGUCUGAAAGGCUUGCUCACUUUAUCUUCAUCCACUAAGCAUAAUAUAUCAUAUUGUUUCUUCUCUAUGGGAUAGUUGGUAGCUAUUUUCAAACAAUUUUCUCCCAGCAGGAGGGUCUCGAUGAGCUGUUCUUGCCAUAAUAUGGACUUGGUCUUUUACCAAAUAGGGCUAUCUUCUGUAUACCAACCCUACCUUGUCACAACACAACUGAUUGGCACAAACACAUAAAAAAAUUCCACAAAUGAA